AUGGAUCCCUACAAUACCCCAGAAGCUGUCCUACAGCUAGGUGUCAUCGACCCUCAGAUCGACCAAAUCUUCAAAGAGGAACCGCCACCUAAUCUGAACUCAGACCCACCGCAAGUUCUACGCGCAGGCAUGGUCACCAACGAAAAGCUCGGCAAUGAAGCUAAGCCCGCCUCGCACGGAACCAAUGAAUCAGUACUCACCAUUCCAAUGCGCGAUGGCUACGAAAGCGAGCUCAGAGUCAUCAAGCCGCCCAACCAGACCCCCAACUCCCCGCUUGUCGUCCUGAUCUACGGCGGCGGAUUUUUCUGUGGGACAAAUUCCCAGCUUCUGCCCUGGGCAAAGGCCACAUCCGCCCUCUACAACGCAACAGUUGUUCUGCCUUCUUACCGUCUUGCGCCGGAGUACAAGUUCCCCACAGCUCCCAAUGAUAUUUGGGAUUCGGUGAAGUGGCUCGCGGCAAAUGCCGCUUCGCUCGGCGCUGACCCGUCGCAAGGCUUCGUCAUUGGUGGUAGCUCGGCUGGCGGAAACCUCGCUGUUGUUACUGGCCAUCGUGCGCUGAGGGAGAAGCUCUCUCCUCCGUUGACGGGUGUGCUUGCCAAUAUCCCCGUUUGUCUAGAUGCGCAAAUUGUCCCGGAGAAGUACAAGCAUCUUUUCCUGGCGCGCGAGCAAAAUGCCGAUGGACUCGUAUGCAAUGCUAAGGAUUUGGAAGUCUGGACUGGAUGGUGGGGGCCCGAUUAUUUCUCGGUUGAUUUCUCGCCGGUGAAUUCUGACAUUCCGCUUGCUGGUUUGCCGCCUCAUUUCGUGCAGGUCGAUGGGUUGGAUACGUUGCGUGAUGAUGGGUUGAUCUAUGAGAAGCUGCUUCGCGACAGUGGGGUUUCUACUCGCCUUGUUGCUUACCCGGGUAUGCCGCAUGGUCAUUGGGGUUAUCGCCAGCACCCGUUGUCAGACAAGGCUCAUAUCGAUACUCUGUCGGGACUUGGAUGGUUGCUUGGUCAGGAGAUCCAAAGGGAGGAAAUCUCGCGUCUCUGGAACACAGAGGGAUAG